AUGAGGCAAGGACACCCUGUGUACUUAUGUCAUAUCAGCCAAAUGGGGAAGAAGAAGGAGGAUCCUAAGAAUAUUGCAGUGGUGAAUGAAUUUUUGGAUGUUUUUCCUGAUGAAAUUCCCGGCAUGCCACCUCAAAGGGAAAUUGAUUUCACAAUAGACUUGGGGGCUCCGGUUCUUUUUGUAAGGAAGAAGGAUGGCAGUUUGAGUUUAUGUAUUGAUUAUAGGGAACUAAAUAAGGUGACCAUUAAGAACAAGUACCCGUUACCCCGCAUCGACGAUUUAUUCGAUAAAUUGAGAGGAGCUGGAAUCUUUUCAAAAAUUGAUUUAAGAUCGGGUUAUCACCAGCUAAGGAUAGCUGAAGGGGAUAUAUAUAAAACAGCUUUGAGAACACGUUAUGGGCAUUAUGAGUUCACUGUGAUGCCUUUUGGAUUAACCAAUGCUCCAGCUGCAUUCAUGUGUUUGAUGAAUCAAGGAAAAGUCUACUCUAGAGUCCAAAGAGUGAACCGAAAUUUGUAUUUUCAUAUGGAUUUCCAGGACCGUAAGGUGAUUGCUUACGCAUCAAGACAGUUGAAAGUACAUGAAGUUUAUUAUCCUACGCAUGAUCUAGAGUUAGCUGCUAUAUUCAUAUAUCAUGAGGGACGAGCAAAUUUAGUAGCUAAUGCGUUGAGUAGGAAGUCCGAUCACUCGUUGUCCGCCUUGGACGGAGUUGAAGAAUUGCAUCCGGAUUUUGCGAGGUUGAACUUGGAAGUGGAUAAAGACCCGAAACUGUUUAAGUUGAAGGAACAAGUUCGGGAAGGAAAAGCGGAGGGAUUCUUUGUUCAUGAAGAUGGGAGCUUGAGGUUCAAUGGUUGCUGGUGUUUACCGACAGGGGAGGAAUCUUUGAAGGAACCUAUUUUGGGUGAGGCCCAUUGUACGAAAUUUUCAGUCCAUCCGGGCGGUGACAAAAUGAAUCAAGACCUUAAGUUAAUGUUUUGGUGGUCUGGGAUGAAGAAGGAUAUUGCGGAUUAUGUCUCGCGCUGUAUGACUUGUCAAAAGGUCAAAGGCAAUGAGUACUACGAUGAUUUCACCGAAGCGGUGACCUUAGGACUUGAGUUGUUAUUUCAGAUGACUGAAAAAGUGAAGUUGAUAAGGGAUCGUUUGAAAGCGGUACAGGAUCGUCAAAAGUCUUAUGCUGAUUUAAAACGACGAUCAUAA